CUCCCGCGCAAGCACCGAACGCCCAAAAACCAACCAUUUCCGGCGCAGAACACCCCAAAAUUUACCACACCCGCGGACCAGCCGCAGCGCUCACUCGCGAGGAAAGACGAGAGCCCGCAACCGAAGCAUGGACACGGCGGAGCAGAAACCGGCUCCGGGGUACUGGGGCGUGGUAGGCGCGCGGCCCUGCGACGCGUGCGCCGCGGAGCCGGCGCGGCUGCACUGCCGCGCGGACGGCGCGUUCCUGUGCCCCGGGUGCGACGCGCGCGCGCACGGGGCCGGCUCGCGCCACGCGCGCGUCUGGCUCUGCGAGGUCUGCGAGCACGCGCCGGCCGCCGUCACGUGCCGCGCCGACGCCGCCGCGCUCUGCGCGGCCUGCGACGCCGACAUCCACUCCGCCAACCCGCUCGCGCGGCGCCACGAGCGUGUCCCCGUCGCGCCCUUCUUCGGCGCGCUCGCCGACGCGCCCCAGCCCUUCCCGUCCCCGGCCUUCGCCGCGGCGGCCGCAGCUGGGGUUAAGGAGGAUGCGGCGGACGACGACGGAAGCAACGAGGCCGAGGCGGCCUCGUGGCUCCUCCCCGAGCCCGACAACAGCCACGAGGACAGCGCCGCCGCCGCCGACGCAUUCUUUGCGGAUUCAGACGCGUAUCUCGGCGUCGACCUUGAAUUCGCCCGGUCCAUGGACGGCAUCGAAGCCAUCGGGGUACCCGUCGCGCUGCCUGAGAUGGACCUCGCCGGCGGCGGUUUCUUCUACCCCGAACACUCCAUGAACCACAGUGUGUCGUCCUCGGAGGUGGCGGUGGUGCCGGACGCACUGGCGGCUGGCGGUCCGGCCGCGCCGGCGGUGCCGAUGGUGGCGAGCAGGGGGGAGGAGAGGGAGGCGCGUCUGAUGCGGUACCGUGAGAAGCGCAAGAACCGGCGGUUCGAUAAGACCAUCCGGUACGCGUCCCGCAAGGCGUACGCCGAGGCGCGGCCGCGCAUCAAGGGCCGUUUCGCCAAGCGCUGCUCCGCAGAUGCCGAGGACGACGCGCUGGAGCACGAGGGGGCGUACUCUUCGGCGGCCUCGGUGCCCGCAGCGUCGGACGGCGUCGUGCCGUCGUUCUGAUGGGGACGUCGGCGCCUCCCGCCAUAAUUUUGGCGCCUUCCCUUGCUUGCAGCGCGACGCAAAAUCACGCAGUGGCGGUGCGUGCUCCAUGUAGCAUGAAUAAUAAUUGUACAGCAGUUCGAUGCACGAACUCAGCCGCAGUCGCACGGAACCCAUGUACUCAUCGUUGUCUGUGUAAUCCAGCCUUGUACAUUACCAA